CGACUUGCAGCGCAUUCGUAUUAUCAAAAAUGGCAGCAGCAGACUCAGUAUCUGUCUUCGCAGAGGGUACAUUCUCAGAGCAGAUCCGCGAAUUGGUGGACUACCUUGCUCUGAGCCAGCCGGAGGAUCAGCGUCCAGCUUUCGUCCAGCCGUUUGCCGAUGUGUUGGAAAUCGCAGAUGGACAACCACCAAUUGAGGAGGAUGAGCCCCGGAGGACAAAAGUACUCACCAUGGUACUUGGUGAGGUAAAGGGGCUGGGAGACGGAUCGGAGAAAGAAAUUGAGGGCUUCUUCAAUCUCCUCUUUUCGCAUCUCAUCACACUGCUGCCUCUCGGUGAACCUGAGACGAAGGCUCAUCUUGCUGCUCUUCUCGAGACGAUCUCUACCUCCUCCAACCACACUCCCAUCAAGUACCGCAUACUGACCAACCUGUUCAAUGCUCUUCCUCGCCGAUCAAGUCUUCGACUGCACGUAUACAAGACUCUCCUCGAAAUCGCGAGCGAGCACGAUGAACUUGCCCUCCUCAGCCUGUCACGGCAGGAGGUAGAAAAAUGGCUAUCGGAGUGGGAUGUUGCGCCGGAAGACAAGAGCGACUUCAUUCAGCUCAUCGCAUCUGGAUACACGAAGUGCGGCCAGCCAGAAACAUCAUACGAAUAUACUAUCUCAUACGUCCGUUCCCUCUCUCCAUCAUCACCAACCGCACAAGCAGCCGCCAUCGAUGCCAUUGCUGCUGCACUCCGCCUUCCCUUACUUUUUGACUUCGACACCCUCUUCCGCCUCGACGCGGUCGUCGCGGCGAAAGACCACGAGCUGUUCGCACUCUUGCGCAUAUUCCUCAAUGAUGGCCUUCCCGAGUACAAGGCCUGGGAGGAGAGUCACCCGGACGCGCUCACGAAGUACAAUUUGGACAAGGCACAACUUGAGCGCAAGAUUAGACUAGUCACACUCGCAACGCUCGGCUUCCAGAACAUCGGACAUGAAUUGCCUUACGUGACGAUUGCUUCCGCCCUGCAGGUCGAUCCCUCUGAGGUUGAACGUUGGGUCAUUGAUGUCAUUCGAGUUGGCCUCAUUUCAGGACGCCUUUCCCAAACCUCGCAGACUCUACACGUCGUCCGCGCAACUCCGAGGGCCUUUGAACGUCCGCAAUGGGAGCUAUUGGAGAAGCGACUACUCGCAUGGAAGUCAGGGAUCGCGAGCGUGCUCGACGUUGUCGCUGUAGCACGGAAACGAGGUGGCGUAGAGGCAGUGACGAGUGCAAGCACUAGUAAUGUCCCGCCUGUGAGCACUGAGACACCCACACCUGCAGGAGUCGCGCAGACUGCUGCUGCUUGAGUGAGACCAGUCAUGCAGCGUAUAGAAAAUGGGUACGGCACCCCUGCAUGUUGUAUGUAGGCUGUUGCUAGAUGUAUCGAUGUUAUUAUACAGGUC